CGCGUGGAUCGGGGACGGUGGAUCGCUGAAGAACAACUGGGCUCUGGAUUCGUCGAUGGAAAUUCGAUUGGUCAUCGAGCCAGUUUGACAGGUUAUUAUGGUCUCGUGAAUGUGAUGGGCGACGAAUCGUAUCGGAAGUGGACAAAUCUCCAUUAA